GCCUGGGCUGCCAAAUGCGAUUGCGAGUCGCGAAAAAAUGGAAUCCGAAAUCUGUGCCAGCUGACGAGCGACUGAACUUGGCGGUCUCUACAUGAAAACAUCUGUACCGGGAAUUACUUAACAGCCAAUUAGACUUUGUGUUUGAUUUACUAGACGAUUUCAAGCGGGAAUGUUCCUUGAACUUGGAAGCAAACCGAAAAAUUGGAUCGACUCGACUCGAAUCCGUCGAAAACCGUGCAGCGGCCCAACUGCGUCAGAGUGUUGAACGUGCCAUUGCGAGAAUGCCUUCUCGCGGUCCCACGUCAUAGUCACCAUCAUUAGCACCGGGCCAUAACGACAUUGGCAACUUGCAACUAGCAACACUCCCAUUAGCAACACUAAUUGCAACUGCAGCAGCAACAAGCGACAGCAACAGCAACAAGCAGCAGCAACUAGCAACUGCAACAGCACAAAUCACAGCCAAAUCGAACGCAACAAAGCUUCCAGAGACAGGCCAACGGGACAGCGAGUGCCCCAAUCACUUCCAGGAUAAGGAGAAGCCAUCCCAGUUAGUAACCAGCCAUGCAGUUGCUCCUUAAAUCGAUAUUCACCUGCGCACUAUUCGUGAUCUUUGUGUAUGCCACCGCCCAGUCGCUGCUCAAAGUCCAGGAGACAGAAGCGCGGCAGGCGUACCUUAAUGUUACCUCCUCCAGCAGUAGUAAUCUCAGCCAGGACGAUGGCCACUUCCUCAGCCGGCGACUAAGGCAGGUCAGCCAUGGCGAGGAGGGCGACGAGGGCGCGCCGUCCCAAAUGGACGACGAGUUGGAACAGAUGACCAAGGUGCAUGGAGAAGCACCGGACGCGGAGGAGCUGCGCGAAUGUAGCGAGGGUCUUGUCCUGCCACUCUGGAUGCCGCAACGCAACAUUUCGGUGGGUGACCGCCUCGUCCGCGGCUUUGUUUACUUCGUCCUACUGAUCUACCUGUUUGUGGGUGUGUCCAUCAUUGCGGAUCGCUUCAUGGCCGCCAUCGAGGCAAUCACAUCGAUUGAACGGGCGGUGGUGGUCAAGGGACCCAACAACACCAAGCAGGUGAUGCACGUGCGCAUCUGGAACGAAACGGUGGCGAAUCUAACGCUAAUGGCCCUGGGAUCGAGUGCCCCCGAGAUCCUGCUCUCGGUUAUUGAGAUUUAUGCGAAGGACUUCGAGAGCGGUGACUUGGGACCUGGCACAAUCGUGGGAUCAGCUGCCUACAACCUGUUUAUGAUUAUCGCCGUAUGCAUGAUCUGGAUACCGGCGGGCGAGGUACGGAGGAUCCGGCAUCUGCGAGUCUUCUUCGUUACCGCCCUCUUCUCGGUCUUCGCCUAUGUGUGGCUGUGGCUCAUCCUAUCCGUGUUCACGCCCGGCGUGAUCCUGGUCUGGGAGGCGAUCGUGACGUUGCUAUUCUUCCCGCUGACCGUGCUGUGGGCCUACAUCGCCGAGCGGCGUCUUCUGGUCUACAAAUACAUGGACAAGAACUACCGGGUCAAUAAGCGCGGCACCGUGGUGGCCGGCGAGCACGACCAGGUGGAGAUGGAUGCGGAGAAGGGCCCCAAACAACCAAUGGUCACAUCCGCUCGCGGAAACGACGCCGAGGCCUUCGACGAGGCCCGUCGCGAGUACAUAACUUUGCUGACGGAGCUACGCCAGAAGUACCCCGACGCCGAUCUCGAACAGCUGGAGAUGAUGGCCCAGGAGCAGGUGCUGGCGCGGAGCAGCAAGUCGCGCGCCUUUUAUCGCAUCCAGGCCACCCGCAAGAUGGUCGGCAGCGGCAACCUGAUGCGCAAGAUCCAGGAACGCGCUCACAGCGAUCUCACCGAGGUUAAAGCCCAGCUGCAUGCGGGCGAUGACGAGGAGGCGGACGAUCCCAUCCGAAUGUACUUCGAGCCGGGUCACUACACCGUCAUGGAGAACUGCGGCGAGUUUGAGGUGCGCGUGGUGCGCCGUGGCGACAUCUCCACCUACGCCAGCGUGGAGUACGAAACGCAGGACGGCACCGCCUCCGCCGGCACCGAUUUCGUCGGACGGAAGGGACUGCUUAGCUUCCCGCCGGGGGUCGACGAGCAGCGCUUCCGCAUCGAGGUGAUCGACGAUGACGUAUUUGAGGAGGACGAGUGCUUCUACAUUCGACUCUUCAAUCCCUCCGAGGGCGUGAAGCUAGCCGUGCCAAUGAUCGCCACCGUCAUGAUCCUGGACGACGACCACGCGGGCAUCUUUGCCUUCACAGACUCGGUAUUCGAGAUCACGGAGUCCGUCGGCCGGUUCGAGCUGAAGGUAAUGCGCUACUCCGGCGCCCGCGGCACCGUCAUAGUGCCCUACUGGACAGAGAACGACACGGCCACCGAAUCCAAGGACUACGAGGGGGCCCGCGGCGAACUUGUCUUCGAAAACAAUGAAUCCGAGAAAUUCAUCGAUCUGUUCAUCCUGGAGGAGAGCAGCUACGAGAAGGAUGUCAGCUUCAAGGUGCACAUCGGAGAACCUCGAUUGGCGCCAGAUUCCACUCACUACCGUAAGCCUUGAAUUGUGCAUUAAUUAAUUUUAUUUGAAUUGAACACGAAGCGUAAGCGUAGAGCGCUGAAAUGUGGAACGAAAAAGGGGAAAAGCGAAAAAUCUCUUUCGGGUUUCGGAUUUUUGAGAGUAACAUUUUCUUUCUGCUCCAUUUGUUUCCUUCACCGAGUGCGGAAAAUGCGGGCAAAAAAGUGCAAAUUCAUUUUAUUCGUUUGGUUUUGGUUAACCCCGAAAAUUCUGCCAUUUCACGAGAAUAAGAAUUAUACAUAUAUAUAAUUUAAUUGCGUAAUUUUUAGGUGUUGUGUAUGUUUCAGCCUUAGAAGAUACCCCUUCCUGUUUAUGUUUUCUCUUAAAUAUUUAUUUCCCCAUUCCCUUCUGUGUACAAUUAUUUGUUUCCUUUGGAUAUACCUACCACAUAUAUUUUUUGGCAAUGGGCAGAAAAUAUAUAUUUUGUGUUGUUUCUGUGAUGCCUCAUCGAAGUUAGAGCAAUUAGAAAAACUCACUCGCAUCUCCGUAGCCCCAAAUCGAAUGCUAGUCGUCUCAGUCCACAAAGAUCAGAUCCUAUCCACUUAAAUCCCCUACUCCGCAGCAACACCACAUCCCAAUAGGUCCCCCGUACUAACCAUCGACAUUUGCUUGUGACCAUAACAUGAACUAGAUUAAACAUUCCUCAUACUUGUCUCUCUAAUCCAAUCAAACCACUCGCCUCCGUAAAUGACACAUGAUCGAUCCUCACGCAGAUGACACUAAUAAGGAAUCAUUUUUCAAUCGAUUUUUUGGUAUGUAAACGUCUGUUCUUUUGCCACAUAUUUGCAUAUUGCGUGAUCGAUCGACCAUUUCAAGUGUUCAGUUAAUAGUGAAUAUGCCAGUAAAGGUGAUCAAUGGAGAGAGAUGCUAGUAAGCAACUAACCACCAUUAGCCCACUCGUCGUGUACAUAAAAUAUAUCGGUGUCGUAUUCAUAAAUGUAUCUGAAUGUUUGGGCAUUGAGUAUCUGUGUUUGUUUGUGUAUCUGCAUCUGCAUUUAUCCCAAACAAUUGCGCUUUUUUCGACGCAGCAGCCACGCACUUGAUAAAUGCGAGCUUCAAGCUUCUGUAAAGUAAUACUUAAAAAAUCAAAGCAAACAAAGCACCAAGCCACCAAGCAAGUAAGCCGGGUUCGUCUUCAAUUGAAAUAAAGUUAGACCAGGUCACAGUUUUUGGUAAUGUUUUGGUUAUCUCUAUGCUCGGCGGACAUUUGUAAACGCGCUUGUGCCCGCUCCUCCCACAUUGUUGUGUGCCUGUGCCCCGACUUGCUGCUCGAAUUCGAUCCGAUCUGAUCCGAUCUGAUAUGAUAUGAUAUGAUCCGAUCCCGAUUUAUACCGAUCCAUAUCAUCGGUACCACUCAAACAUGCCUCUCUGCAUCGCCAAAUCGAUUUACGAUGAAUUGGCAGCCAAAAUCAAGGAGGUCGAGAAAAAACCCGUUCAGGAUCUGACCGAACUGGAUCGCAUCCUGCUGCUGAGUAAGCCGAGAAACGGAGAACUGACCACCGCAUAUGUGCGCAUUCGAGAGAGCCAGGAAUUCAAGGCUACAGUCGACAAGCUGGUGGCAAAAGCGAACGUUUCUGCCGUCCUUGGCACUUCAUCGUGGAAGGAACAGUUCAAAGAUGCCCUCACCGUUAUCCCAGCCGAUGAAAGUGAGUUUGAUAACGAUGAUGAGGAGGAGGAGGUGCCCAGUUGCUUCAGCUACGUGAGCCACUUCGUCUGCCUCUUUUGGAAGGUUCUCUUUGCAUUUGUGCCGCCCACUGACAUUUGCGGCGGCUAUGUUACCUUUGUGGUAUCCAUAUUCGUGAUUGGCGUCAUCACUGCCAUCAUCGGAGAUGCCGCCUCCUAUUUCGGCUGCGCCCUCAACAUCAAGGACUCGGUAACGGCCAUCCUGUUUGUCGCCCUGGGCACAAGCAUACCAGAUACAUUCGCCAGCAUGAUUGCCGCCAAGCAUGACGAGGGUGCCGAUAAUUGCAUCGGCAAUGUCACGGGCAGCAAUGCGGUCAACGUGUUCCUGGGCAUCGGCCUGGCCUGGACCAUCGCCGCCGUCUACCACAGCUCCCAUGGCAUGACCUUCAACGUGGAGCCGGGAACCAUUGGAUUCGCCGUGGCGCUCUUCUGCGGCGAGGCCCUGAUUGCCAUAAUGCUCAUCAUGUUCCGGCGCUGGCACAAGGGCAUUGGCGCCGAGCUGGGCGGUCCGAAAGUAUCGAAGUACAUCAGCGCAGCGAUCCUGGUAUUCCUGUGGGUGUUCUACGUGGUUAUAUGCAUACUGGAAGCCUACGACGUCAUCCGGGUUUAAGGAGUUCGCAGCCGCGUUGGUUUGGCUUUGGCUUGAUUAUUCGCAAUGGCGUUGGACUUUUCCGUCAAAUUGAAGAGGAUCGUUACGGCGGAAAACAGAGCUAACCGAUACUUAGAAGCUAUUGAAAGAUGCUGUAGAUGCAGUUUUUAUAUGUAAACUUAUGAAAUUGAUUUAUAUAUAUAUGUGCUCGGCGCGAUAUAUAAAUAUUUCUUGUGUAAAAUUUAUGUUAAUACUAAAAGUAAAAUUUAAAAGUUUAACUAGGUUUAAGCCAGGCUUAUAUACAAACCAUUUUUACGAUUAUUGUCUCUAUUCAUAUAUGAAUUGUAAAUACAGAAAGGCUGCCACGGCUCAGCAAUCUUGUAACCGUAACGAGAUCAUUUACUGUUAUGCCAUAUAUACUUAAUUUACUUUCUAAAGAAUACUAUUAUAUUUAUUAUAUCAUUCUGUGUAUAACUUAAGUCAUUGUUGUUGUUUGUUAAAGCUGUACUUAAUCGACCCCAUAAAAUCAAAACGGGAAAAUCGGAAUCGAUUUAGAGUUUAAAUCGUGUUCCGUACUCCAAACUCGAUAUUGUCUCUCCAUUUGCCGAAAACCAUUGUUAAUUUAAUACAUGUGUAAGUUUUAGGAAAGAUCUAAAGGUUUUAGCCAAGAAGAAACGCAGUCCCUCUAGCCAUCUACUACAAAUACUACAAUUAUAACUACUACUACUGAUUAGGGGCCUCCUUGACAACUAGUUCUAGUCACCUCACACUAUCGACACAAGUCCAACUAGCAACACUUUCAUUAACUCUGACCAAAGCAAAAGGCGGCACUACUUACUAGCGAUUAGCUGUUAGCGAUUAGCCAGAAAGACCAUCAGUGUGUCCACACUGCACUAUGAAGAACUACACGUACUACCAGUGAGCACUAAUCAAUUUACUUAAAAAAAGACUUUCUAUUCGCUUACGUCGCUGGUAUCGAAGUAGACAAAACUGGAUAUUAAGGCAAACACCAAAACAAUAGCGAAAUAAUAAGGAGAAUUACUAGAAUUGAUUGUAAACCAAAUGUAACGAGCAGGUACAUAUUUUUUGUAUAAUGUACUAUUUUUCAUAUAACAAAAUUGUAGCAAAUUAAUGGUGAGAAGAGAAGCCUAAUGAUAUUUAUAGCCACAUGCAUAAAUUUGUAUUAUAUAUUUGGGGUCACACAACUGUACGGGGAACUCGUUGAGAAAACUGCGCCAAAUUUAGACGUAAUUGAUUAUUAAUUACUGCAUAUACGAACUAUUAAACAAUUUAAUAAAUAUACAAACAUGAAUAAAUAAUAAUGUACUAAGUUAUACUGUCAACGUUUACUGCUAGAUAUUAUAAUUAAAUUUCUUUUUAAAUUUAUUUCUAUAAUUGCCUUUUUAUUUCCCUUACUAAAACGAACUUCAGACAAUAUCUGAAUACUCCUACGUUUUUCAUAGAUCGCGAUAUAUAAAUGCAGUUAACAGACGGUUACAAAAAAUCGACCAGGGUCAGGGUAAGAAAUCCGUGGCAAGGAAAUCAAUAUAUUGCGAAUAAAGCGAAUAGUAUAUGAAAUCGAGGGGCAAGUGCUGAGGAGCAGUGAAUGUAACAAUACGACACAGAGGAUAACCAGAUAUAUAAGCAGACAUGCAAAUAAAUUACCCAUAGACGAUUAUCUUUAAUGGCAAAGGCAAAUAAAACGAUUUAAGUGCUUCCGACAUAGGGUUUAGGUACUUCUAGAGAACUAGGAGUAGAAAGCGUAUCUGAAUGAAGAGAAAGAGCAUGUUACUUUAGCAAAUUAUAGGUUCCACUUUACUAUGAUUGCGUUCUUUAACAUUAUGUAUUGAUUUAAACUAUUUUAAAAUCAGUUGCACAACUAAAUGAUAGGGUUCGAAUUUACAUAUAUGUCUAAUUUUGUAUGAUUAACAUUGCGUUGUUUAUAUAAUUCCCUAUUCAUUUGACGAGUUUCAAAAUCAAUAACAUAUGUGUACCAUAGUAGAUACCAUAGAUAGUAUUCGAAUCUAUGUAUAUCUAUAUGUUUUGAGGGCAGGCCAAGCAGUUAAUAUGUAUGUGUAUUGUACAAUAUUAAUCAUUUGCUGUUUGUUAUCAUGUUUUUUCGAAUUCAAAUUAUACCUGCAUUUUUAAAUGUAUACUUAUGAAUGUGAUUUUACCCAAAAACAAAAGCAACUACAAAAAUAUACUCGUAUUUACUAAACCGAUAAAGUAUGCAAAUAGUCGAAUAGAUCGAAUACCACAUACAUAUGUAGUUUUAUAUAGCAUAUGCUUGGGGUGACGAUCCACCGAUCUCACUAACCGUAUCUCUUCUCACUUUAACACGCUAUAAGAAAAUACCAAAUCGAAAGCUACAUAUUUGAAUAUAUAUACUCGUACUCACUAUAAGAAAAUACCCGUUGUCGUAACGAAAGCUAGGAUCUUCUGAGAAUCGAAGGAGUAUAUGGCUUAUCGUAUUACCUUAUCGAAUCGAAUAGAGCCUAGACCCUAGAGUUACUGGCAUACGAAUAUAUGUAUUCCGUGC